GACCCUAACCGCCACGUUUCCAGCGACACUCACCGAUUAAUCUCCUCUUACAUGGACUAAUAUGAAAGAAGUGGAUGCAGAGGUCUGACACAUCCGAGAAAGGAGGCACGUUUCUUGUGGAGCAUUCUGGUUUUCCAUCCCCGAGCAUCAGCAUGGAUGUCUUAGCGAACCACAGUAUCUUUCAGGAACUUCAGAUCGUGCACGACACCGGCUACUUCUCCGCCAUGCCUUCGCUGGAGGAGAACUGGCAGCAGACCUGCCUAGAAUUGGAGCGUUAUCUUCAGACGGAGCCCAAACGUCUGUCAGAACUCUUCGACCAAGACCUGGACGGCCUACUUACUCCUGCCUACCUGAAGGAGGACGGCGAGGAAGAGCUGACGGAAGCUCUGCUACCAAACCUGCCCAGCCUUCCAGAGCCCCCGAGCCCCCCUCCGGUCAUCCUCUGCCCAACGCGGAAGAAUCUCCCCUCCACCGGUGCAAUGAAAAGAGACCCCAAACCUAAGGGCCAAGGCCUGGAAAACGUAGAAGCGAUGGAAGGGGUCCACCAGGCGCAGCUGAGCGCGGUCACCUCCCUGACGCCCCCGUCGUCACCAGAACUGGGCCGACACCUCUUCAAACCCAACCAGACUCUGACAGCCUCCGCCGACGGGACGCUGACCCUUAAGCUAGUUGCCAGGAAGGUGGGGCUCAGCGCGGCUCGGCUGGUGGCGGCGCACUCGCUCCCGGUUCGGAUGAAGGACGAAGAGGAGGGGGCGGCGUGCGUUAUCGGGGUGGGGGAGCUACCAGAGAACAAGAAGAGGAUCCAUCGCUGUCAGUUCAACGGCUGCAGGAAGGUGUACACCAAGAGCUCCCACCUAAAGGCCCACCAGAGGACACACACAGGUGAGAAGCCGUACAAGUGCUCGUGGGAGGGCUGCGAGUGGCGAUUCGCCCGGAGCGACGAGCUGACGAGGCACUACCGCAAACACACCGGCGCCAAGCCUUUUAAGUGCAACCACUGUGACAGGUGUUUCUCCCGGUCGGAUCACUUGGCGCUACACAUGAAGAGGCACAUCUGAAGAAUCCGAGAGAGGUCAGCGGGAGUGGAAGAGAAGGGAAGGGGGAUGGAGUCGGAGUGGUAGAAGGAGAGGGAGCUUCAUCUGCAGAGAAAUAACACCAUGGAUGUAAGAGAGAGACAGCUCGAAAAACUCUAAAUUUGGCCGGUCUGGACUGGAUUGAAAAAGCACCGCGCGAGGACGCUAGCUACGGAAACACAGACAGGAAGCCGGACGCAUCCCAAGUGUCAAUCUGUGCUCUACCAGUUGGUCCAUGAUUCCACGGUGACACGCCGUAACCUCACAAAUGUCUCCCGGUGUUGUCGCAUGGACGAUACAGACACUCCAUCCCACCCUUCAUAUGUGUCUCAGAGGGGAUGAAUGGUGGACCGCGUGCCUGCAGUUGGCAGCUCUUUCGUCGUCCUUCGCAACCGUCCCUCGGCUUCCAAAAUGUCAGCCCUGUUCACGCAGCAGAGCGCCACGUACCAGCGAGCUCACCAACGCCAAACUGGACCAGUUGUACAGUGAUUUCAGCAGAACUGCUCUUUGUAUAUUCAAGAUUUCCUUUUUCUUCAAAAGUACCUUGAGUUGAGAACAGUUGAUUUCUGACAGUAAGCAAGCCGGAUUCUGUCUUCAAACCUGCCACAGCCUUUACAAAUCACCAAAGGGUUUAUCAUCCAAUAUAAAGUAUAGAUACUUUAUCAAUCUUCCAACUGGACCCAUGUAUAAACCCUUCUGGUUCUUUGGCAUCAGAGUUUGAACGGAGUGUUCCAUUGGAUUGUUGCACUGAGGUGCUGUUAAGACUGAUGGAGGUCAUCCCGAGGACUGGCUUGCUCCACGAACAUCGUCCGUUGAGGGUUAACACUGGAUGAGGCUAACUAAUCCACUCUGGGAAAGACUGUUCAUCUCCUAGAAUGUCAUCAGGAACAGAUCGUCUCAAGUGAUGAUAGACGCAUCCAUCAAAAGUGUUUUCCCUCUCCGUUAUCUGACGAGUUGUGGUCAGGAUCGGUUGCACAAUUGACAAACUUUUUGUAAAAAUGCCCCCACCAAACGCUGGCUGGCUUCCACAUGCCGUGCAAGUGCGGACAGCCACAUGCACAAGUCGAAGCAGCUAGCUGACUGCGAUAGCACACUGAACAAGAUGACCAUGUAUAAUGAACGCUACACUGAAGAAAAGAGUAUCCUAUUUGUUCAAAAAUGACAUUAAAAAGACCAUUUUGAAGGAAACAUCGGAAAAGGAAUCAGCCAAAACAGUGUCUACAGUAAUGCCUGAAAUGAUCUCUUUGGCCUUUAAGAGUGAUUGGCAGCUAUAGUCACUGGGCUGAGGAUUUUGUCCUGUUCACACCAUCCAUUCAGAACUCCUACAAUUUCAGAGAAAGGCAGCAUUCAACAGCUCUCCUAAUCGGGCCCUAUGCAUUUCAAAGAACAUUCCUGCAGACUUCCCGACCUCACAUGCAUGUCUGAACGCAGAUUGCUGGACACGGAAGGACUGGUGGGACAAAUUCAAUCAAUUGGGUGUCUCUUCUCGGAGCGAAUCAAUGUGAAUGUAUCUGUUGUAAGUCUGUACAUGUUGCUAGGCCCAUGAAAACACACGUGUGAGUUUGUAGUUUCACUGUAGAACUGAAUGGCCUUGGAACAACUAGCUUGUCAUUGCUGUUAGCUUUUUACUGGUCGUACUGGACCGGCGGGGAGUGUGGAUUUCCAGUGGGUGGCAGGAAUGGGUUAGGGGAGGAACACAUCUGCUCCGUCAGCACAUGAUAACAGCCCCAUCAGCUCAUGAAGCUGCAGAGGAGUGGAACACACACACGAGACACAUGCAUACACUCCGAGCAAACCGGACUUACCAUUUGGUGAUCUGAUUCUUGUCGAACAGAACAACAGAAAGAAAAAGCAUUAAAUCUUGCUUUUUGCUCUUGCCAUCUUUAAUCCACUAAGAGAAAUACAUUUUCAAUGAGCAUCGAUUCAACUCAAGCGCACAUAAAACAACCAGGCAGCUUGGACAAAAAGUAGAUUGUCAGGAUUCCUACGAACAGGAUUUGGAACUACUAUGUCAAUGUGUUUAUUCUUUAUUUUACAAGACUUGUAAUACUUUGAGGCAAUGUGAGGCACACAGCAGCCUGCUUUUUUUGGCAGGGGAAGCAGUAAAUUGAUUUCACUCUGUAUACCAGCGGCGCAUUUCAAUUUCGGGUAUGAAUGCAGCCCCGCUCAAUCAUAUCUGCACAUGAUCUGUCCGCGGCUCUGGAAGUAGAAGCUGUGUGCUGCUUCUCAGAAAUAUUGAACUCCUUCUGUCUAAACGUGCAAAUACACCAGGCUCACUUUUUAUAUUGAACAUCUCGGUGACAGGCGUUUAUUUGCAAAAAUAACAACAACAGGGAGGGACCACAAUAGGAACGCGUUUUUCUGCUGGUUUGUUUUCAAAAAACCACCCAAAAACUCUCAACCACCAUUCAGGAUGCAACACUUCCAACGCUACCAUCCUUUGGUGGAAUACAAUCGUAGCAACGGACUGACAUUUGGUUUGUAGAAAAUGUAAAAAUGUUCAGAUGGGGAAAGUCGGAUUUGUGGUUUUCCUGCUCUCACGAUUAAAUGAAGAAGAGCAGUUAACCUCGUGGGUUAAAAUGGUCUCAUCAAUGGCAGCUCUACUUGUGUGUUUCAGUAUUUCAAUGGGGCACCCUGUUGUUGCGAAUGUGUGGGAAUGUGCAGAUCUCAAGGGUUUUGUUUUUGUGUCGGUUCACGUCCUGUACCAAUCACAGAAAGUAGAGACACUGAAUGUGUUUCACAUGGGAAUAUGUAUAAAAUACCGGACAAUUUUACCCAAUUUCAAAGACUGGAGGAUUUCAAAUGUGAAUGUGUUUUCCGGAAAGGUUGUUUCAUGUUGUCAGAGGAAGCGGUUCAGUUCUGUGUCAUCUUAAUGAAUGAUUGUCGAUUCUGCCGUGCCUGUGUGUUCUUCGUCUGUUUGUAUUUGCACUCUGAAUUUUUUUUGGGGGGAAAAAUCACUUUGCAUAUCUGAUGUUUUCUGUCCGCUUGACACUUCACAAGAUGACCCCCCCCCCCCACCCCACCCCCACCCCAAAGUCUGUAUAGUAGCUGUUUUUUUAGCACAAAUGUACACACUCACACACACAUGCAUGCAAAC